AUGGAGAAGCCAGAUUUCGACGUUGCUUUAAUUCAACAUGCUGAUUAUGCAAAGUCUCUUGUUGAUUGUGGAAUUAAAAAUCUUAUUACACUAGAGGCUAGAGAAGAAUUCCCAGAUUCUGUCUUUGUUGAGGAUACUGCAUUAGCAUUACCCAAUUAUUUGCUAAUAACUUAGCCUGCGGUUGCCAGUAGAAGAGGCGAGUUUACCCAGGAUAUGAGAGAAGCCCUAGAAAAAUUUUAUUCUUUAGAAAACAUUAUUGAGAUGACAGGAAAUGAAUACCUAGAUGGUGGCGAUGUUAUGAGAGCUGGAAAUACGUAUUUUAUAGGCCUAUCAACUAGGACAAAUUAAAAAGGGGCUGAUAAAUUGAUAAAAAUACUCUAGGAAAAAGAAGGAUUAAAUGGUAUCGCUCUUAAUCUGCCAGAAGGACUACAUCUUAAGACUAUAGUAACCUAUCUUGAUGAAAAUUUGCUUGUGGGAAUUAAAGCAAUUGAAAACAUUCCGGAAUUCGAUAAAUAUGAAAAGAUUAUAGUAGAAGAAGAUGAGAGGCAUGGCGCAAAUAUUUUAAAUAUCAAUGGAAACAUUGUAGUACCAGAAUCAUGCCCUAAACUCCAUAAAGUUUUAUUAGAUAGAGGUUACACCAUCAAGCCAGUGAUAAAUGAUGAAUUUAGGAAAAUUGAUGGCGCUCUAACUUGUAUGUCCGUGAUAUUCAACUGA